AUGAGUGGAGAGAAGGAAGGGAACUCGUUCACUAUCCUCAGAGUUUAUGAUGAACCAGAGGAGAGGAAGUAUAAGUCAGAAGACUCUGACAUUUCUGCCCAGCAUGGGCUUGAAGCACAGUCCCAGCUGGAUGGAGUGGAUGAUUUACCCCAGUGGCCCCUAGCUUCCCCAGCACAGGAAGGCCCAGUUUAUCAGGAGAUGAGCUCUCUGACCCUGCAGCAGUGGGCCUCCCAGGCCCUAGACAAAUCUGAGCUCCAGGCCAGCUGGUUCUCUGCAGGGGAGCCAAGAGAAGAUGCAGAGUUUGGCUCCAGCUACCUACCAGGAUCCAGGGUUGGCCAGCCUGGUCCUUUGCCACCUUCCAGUGACGAAGUCCGGUCAUUCCUCAAAGCAGUCCCUCCCAUUGCAGGUGAAGUGGUUGUCAGGCCGAGGACCCCACGUGCACUCUUGAAGGUAGGCAGACUCCGCCACGGCAAGAGAGUCUGUGCCAUUGCCAUCAGUAGCUCGACUCACCACGUGUACACGUGUGGUCACGGCUACAUCAAGGUGUGGGAUAAGAGUGCUCUGCACACCUGGGACAAGGCCCCUCAGGCUCAGCUGAACUUUCAGGACCGUCAGAACUCUGUCCUCACCUGUAAGCUGUUCCCCGACGAGCAGAGCCUGAUCACCGGCGGGGUGUCCCGGACCCUGACUCUUUGGGAUCUGGCACCCACACCUCGUAUCAGGGCACAGCUGGCCUCCACCGGCCCCAUAUGCUACUCGCUGGCCCUCUCCUCCAAUGCCCAGAUCUGCCUGGCUUGCUUCAAAGGAUUCGUUGAGAUUUGGGAUUUGCAGAACCAAAUCUUGAUCAGGAAGCAAGAAAUCCCCGAAUAUGGGUCCCGAUGCGUGGACCUCACAGGCAAUAAGUUCUGGACGGGAGGUGAAGACACCAGACUGUAUUCCUGGGACCUGAGGAGUUGCCAGAAGCUGCAGCAGCUCAGUCUGCAUCAUGAGAUCCUCAGUAUUACUCACGACCCCAGUGAGGAAUGGGUGUUAGUGGGCCUGAGAACAAGUGAUAUCAUGAUCCUGCACUCACACCGGAAGGAGAAGUUUAAGGCCUGCAUCAAUAGAUUCGUCCACCACCACAGCCUGAAGUUUGCCUCCUCUGGGAGCUAUUUUGUGACCACAAUGGGCCAGUCAAUCCACUGCCUAGCUGCACCUUCUCUACAGAGGUUGUUUAAGGCACAGGAGUCUACAGAUAUUGUGUGUUGUGAUGUGUCCUCCGACAGCGAGUACCUAGUCACGGGCUCCAAGAAGUGUGCCUCGGUUUACCAGCUCUUGUAUUGA